CACGCGCACGAACGUUGGCAUUGGAUUACAGUUUACGGACUUCUUGCCACUUGGGAAUUAGCUGCCAUCGCCAACAUGCCGACCAAGCCUGCCCCCAUCAAGAAGGCAGCAAAACCACCUAAAAAGGUGGAGGAGAAGGCGCCCGAACCGGCUCCAGAGCCAGCCCCAGAGCCCGCCCCCGUCGAGGCCCCGCCAGCCGAGCCUGCCGAAGCCGCUCCUGCCCCAGCUGACGCCGAAGCCGCACCUGCCGAUGCUGCCGCGCCUGCGGAGGGCGAGGCCCCAGCUGCUGUUCCUCCAGCCGAGGGUGAAGAAGCUGCGCCGGCAGACGCUGAAGCUGCUGAGGCGGCAGAACCUGAAGAGCCGAAAGCACCCUCACCUCCACCACCUCCCCCAAAAGAACCCACAAGCGCCCCUCUGGAUCUGUUUGUGGAGGACAAGAACGACACCUCUGUUACUAUCAUCUGGAGCCAGCCAGAGGUCAUUGGGCUGUCCGGCCUGGAUGGAUACACCAUCGAGACCUGCAAGGAUGGAACUGAGGACUGGACGGCCAUCAACGAGGAACUGCAGAAGUCCUGCCGUUACGUCAUCAAGAACCAGACCACUGGCGACCGCCUGAAAAUCCGUGUGGUGGCCGUGAACGCUGGCGGACGCAGCCCGCCUGUCGCUCUCCCUGAGGCCGUGCUGGUGAAGGAAGUCGCUGAUCGUCCCAAGGUCCGCUUGCCUCGCUUCCUCAGACAGAGAUACGUUGCUUAUGUCGGAGACAAGAUCAACCUGACCAUCCCCUUCACAGGAAAACCCAAGCCUGUGGUCAGCUGGACCAAGAACGGACAGCCCCUAGAUACAAAGAGGGUGAACAUCCGCAGCACGGAGAGGGACAGCAUUCUCUUCAUCCGUGCGUCCGAGAGAGACGACUCUGGCGUGUACGAGAUGUGUGUCAAGGUGGACGACUUUGAGGACAAGGCCCCACUCACCCUUCAGAUUGUUGAGCUCCCAGGACCUCCCGCCAGCGUGAAGAUUGUGGACACAUGGGGUUUCAAUGUGGCCCUCGAGUGGACUGCACCCAAAGACAAUGGCAACACAGACAUCACAGGUUACACCAUCCAGAAGGCUGACAAGAAAACUGGAGACUGGUACACUGUGCUGGAGCACUACCACAGGCUCAAUGCCACCAUCUCGGACCUCAUCAUGGGCAACACAUACAAGUUCAGAGUGUUUUCCGAGAACAAGUGUGGUAUCAGCGAGGACGCCGCCGUCACCAAAGAAGAGGCAAAGAUCCUCAAGACAGGAAUCGACUACAAGGCUCCCGAGUACAAGGAGCACGACUUCACUGAGGCGCCCAAGUUCACCACAUCCCUGGCCAACCGAGCCACAACAGUGGGCUACAGCACCAAGUUGCUGUGCUCCGUCAGGGGACACCCCAAGCCUAAAAUCGAAUGGCUGAAGAACCAAAUGAUCAUUGGAGAAGACCCCAAAUUCAGGCAGAUUUGCGUCCAAGGUAUCUGCUCUCUGGAGAUCCGCAAGCCCGUUAGCUUUGAUGGCGGCGUGUAUACCUGCAGGGCCAAGAACCACCAUGGCGAGGUCACCGUCAGCUGCAAGCUGGAGGUCAAACAGCCGAUUAUUGCCGAGGCAGACAAGAAGUAGGUCGUCAUCCUCAUUCACACGGAGCAGAGGGAGCGAGGCCUUCGCGGCAUAAGGAAGGUUCUGGAUUCCUUGGAACAACAUGUACAUACUGGCUGCUGACCACAGAACCACAUCGUUGUUGAGUGUGACUUUGAGUCUGAGUGUUAGAGGAAGUCCAAAUCCAUGUCCACUAUCAGCUUUUUCCCCAAAUGGUCUUCAUAAAACCCAAGUAACAUUGAUGAACAUUCUGUAAAUUAACAUCUCCAGGAGAGGUCACAUGAUAGUGGUUAUUAAAUAAUUAAGGCUAAUAAAUAACGUAGGACAAAGGAAUAGUUGUUUUGCUCCCAAAGGACAGCAGUAAACAAGAGAAAACAGCGUGGUCAGAAGCUAAAAUAAAAAGGACAAGCUAAUGAAUGUGUAUGCUAGUAUAACCCGUCUGUGUUACAGAAAACAUCAUGUAUUAAAAUAAACAUUGUCUGAUUGA